AUGACCGAUAUAUACGUUGCAUCGCGGUGUGUGUACGGGCUAGCAAGAGACAGCCAAGCUCCCCGUGUCUUGGCCAAGGCUCUGGACAACGGUAACCCCAUCAUGGCCGUCAUCUUAUCUUCACUGUUUGUCUUAGUCGGUUAUCUCAACUCUAGCAAGUCUGCCGCUUCAGUGUUUCAAUACUUUGUGAGCCUGGUGACCGUGUUUGCGGUUCUGAAUUGGAUCGCUGUCCUCAUCUCAUUCCUUUGCUUCCGCCGAGCGCUCAAGGCACAAGGCAUUCAGGUCAAGGAGCUGCCGUAUGUUGGCUACCUCCAACCUUACGGCGCUUACUAUGCAUUGGUCAUCUCAUUCGCCAUAUUAAUUUUCAAUGGAUACGACGCGUUCGUGCCGCAUUUCAAGGCGAGGACGUUCGUGCUUAAAUACCUUGGCAUUGUGCUUUUUGGUGGGAAUUUUCUUUUCUGGAAGCUGUUCAAGCGCACGGGGUGGCUCCGACCUGCUGAAGUUGAUCUUUUCACGGACAGGCAGGAAUUGAGAGAUGUGGUGCAAGGAGCGGACGCCCAAUGA